AUGGGGCUCCUUAAUCGAUUGUGGCACAACAAAGACGACAGCGACGACAUUAAUAUCCGCGUGAACUUAAAUCGCUGGGAAAGAAUCCGAGGUGGCCUCUCAGACUUAGGCACAAACAUCAAACCAUGGCUGCCCCCGGUCAACUACAUUACCGUUCAUUAUGCAUACUUUCUCAUCGUUGGACUUAUUUCAACCCUUAUUUUCUGGGGCGCAUCUCAUCCUGCUCUAAGCGUCGGGUUCUGGGAUAGCAUGUUUAUGGCGUUUUCUGCCCUCACCUCGGCAGGUCUGAAUACUAUCAACAUAAGUGCAAUGUCUGGCGGUCAGCAGGCCAUCUUGGCGAUCCUCCUUAUGCUUGGGAAUCCAAUUAUGAUAUCGGUCUUCACGCUCGUCUUCCGUAUGUAUAUCUUUGAAAGGCGGUUCAAGGAUAUCGUACAAGCGGAAAGAGACCGGAAAAUGAAGGCGACGGGAGCAGUUGUUGGGAUGGCAGGGGCAAUGUUUGGCUUGCCAGUCAUGUCUACGUUUCGUUCCCGGGAUAAAACUGAGUCCAAAUCACGAAGGUUUCGAAAUGUCAUCACUCGCGAGCGAGAUGAGGCCAAUAUGACAGGAAUGGGCACCAAGAUUACGGAACCUCCAGAGACAAGCAAGUCGCCUCAGUCAAAGUCACCAACGCCAAGCGAGCUGGCCGAGAAAAAGGCACAGGUUGAUUUAGAGGCUGCGAAGAGCCCGUUCCUAGCUCCUCCAAAGGCCAGCUCUGCAGAUAUGCCUAUGAGUCCUGGUGGGCGGAGCAUCAAAUUCCUGGAUCCUAUUACUGAAGGCGAGCCCAGUCAAGCAACGGGACUUGGAGUCUCCAGUGUCUAUCAUCGUGGCAGCCCCCCGUUGUCUAAACAGAAAUCUGCAGUCAGCCAAGAGACCGGAAACGAGCGUUCUGCACGUUCGAAUCAGCAACAGUCCUUCAGCAUCGACACCUUUCUGAAACAGAACAAGGUCAAUGUCGGGCGAAAUGGCCAGUUUCACAAUCUGACAGCGGCGGAGCGCGAGUAUCUCGGCGGUGUCGAGUACCGCGCAAUCAAGCUCCUCAUCGCUACAGUGACGGUGUAUUUCUUUCUUUGGCAGCUCAUCGGUGCAAUCGCUCUUGGUGCCUGGAUUGCAGUCAACAACCCUUCAGCGGCUGCGGAGAAUGCACAAAACCCUUGGUGGACGGGUGUCUUCAUUGCUAUCUCUGCGUUUAACAACGGCGGUUUGACGCUUUUGGAUGCUGGUAUUGCGGCAUUUGAGAGCUCGUGGUUCCUCUUGGUCGUCACAGUCUUCCUCAUGUUGGCGGGAAGUGCGGCAUUCCCAGCUUUCCUGAGGUUGACACUCUGGUGCAUCGCUCAAGUGCUGAAAUAUGGUACGCCUGAGGGAGAUUACGCCGUUAUGAAGGAGACGCUUGAUUUCACGCUCAAGUAUCCACGCCGUGUGUACACCAUGCUGUUUCCCUCAAAACCCACCUGGUUGCUGGUGGCCAUGCUUGUUGUCCUUGUGGCGGCAGACUGGAUUGCACUUUUGGUCCUGAGUAUCGGGAACUCGGCUUUGGACACAAAUCCAGCGGGUGAACGGGUGUUUAAUAUGCUUUUUCAAUCAAUCUCGAUUUGGUCUGGAGGCUUCGCUAUCAUCAGCCCUGGUGCUGUAUACUUUGAUAUCCAACUGCUCUGGCUGGUUAUCAUGUACCUUGAGACAUAUCCUGGAACCAUUACAAUGCGAAACUCGAACGUCUAUGAGGAGCGGUCGCUCGGUAUUUACGCCGGAGAUGAUGCACCUAGUGAAGAGAAGCCGGACCCUGGGCAGGGAGAUUCUGCUCAGUUUGCUGCUCAGACACUGCUGGCUGUGCCAUCACAGCGCAACAACAUGCCAUUUUCGCCCACCUCAGCAUUUUCUCAGACAUCGAAUUUGUCCACACGAUCCAUCAAGAAACUCUCACAAGUUGGUCGGCGUGGGACUGCGUUUGUUGGCCGCCAGAUCCAGCGGCGUAUGACAGGCUUCCAAGGAGUCGGUGUUAGCGCACCGCGGAGGACAGGUCGAGUGAAUGGAGGUGCAUCAAAGAGCACUUUCUUUCACGUCACGCCCAAUCCCGCUUACUCCCCAUCGCCGUCCAACUCAUCGUCGGCAACGGUCACAUCCGUAUCCGCCAAGAACGAAGGAGAAGUCGACCUCGUUUCGCAGCACGUUAGAAGCCAGCUCUCUCACGACGUUUGGUGGAUGGCUCUCGCGAUGUUUCUAAUUGCAAUAAUUGAGACAAAACACAGCAUUACUGAUCCAGAGGUCUACAGCGUGUUCAAUAUCAUGUUCGAGGUUGUGAGUGGUUAUACAAAUAUAGGCCUAUCGCUCGGCCUGCCCAAUCAGGCUUAUAGUUUCAGUGGAGGUUUAUAUACGGGUAGUAAAGUUGUUAUGGUGCUGGUCAUGAUACGUGGGAGGCACCGUGGUCUGCCUGUGGCUCUGGAUCGUGCUGUCAGGCUGCCCAAGGAGCAAUUGGAUGAGGAAGAGGAGGAAGAUGCCGAGAUCAGAAGGGCUAUUAGUCGAGAUACUAGCGUCAGGAGUCGUGUGGGCGUCCUCUAG